GAGUAGUGCCAUACCACACCGACACUUCCCCUGAGUUGCACCAGGUUCCAGCCCCUCCCCACCUCCACCAUGUCGGCCCGGGCAACUCUCGCUCCCCAGCUGCAGGCGGGGAGGCAGCAGCGUGCAGAGGCUGGAUGCCGGCGCAGAGCGCGUGUGGCGGCGGCAGUGCACUGCAGCGCCCAGCAGCAGCGGCAGCAGCAGGGGGCGCCAGCGGGUGUGGGGCCGGCAGGCGCCGGGUUUGGUGCGCUGGCGGCUGCCCUCCUCCUCGUGGCUCAGCCAGCCUCGGCCGAGUUGAAUAAGUACGAGUUUGGCGUGACGGGCGAGUUCAACGUCGGCACCGCUCGCCAGUACGGCGAGGCAGACGUCAAGGGCCAGGACUUCAGCAACCAGGACCUGCAGCGCAGCAACUUCACCGCCGCCGACUGCCGCGACGCCAACUUCCAGAACAGCAAGCUGCAGGCCGCAUACUUCAUGAAGUCGGUCCUGGCUCGGGCCAACCUGGAGAACGCCGACCUCUCAGACGCGCUCAUGGACCGCGCUGUGAUCGUGGAUGCCAACCUGAGGGGCGCGGUGCUGCAGCGCGCCAUCCUCACCCGCUCCGACCUGGACCGCUCAGACAUCUACGGCGCCGACUUCACAAAUGCGCUGGUCGACAAGACGCAGCAGAUGGCGCUCUGCAAAUACGCGGAUGGCGUCAACCCCAUGACCGGCGUGUCCACCCGCAAGUCGCUCAACUGCGGCUCAUCGCGCCGCUUCAAGGCGUCGUCGCCCUCCAACCCCGACGGCCCGCAGGUGCCCGAGGCAGAGAAGGAGGCCUUCAACAAGAGCGUGCCACUCUACCGCCAGUGAAUGCCUGUGCUGGCAUCAGCUUGAGAAGACCUUGUAUGAGGAGAGGCCGUGAACCGCCGGCCAAUGAAACCACAAUGCAUCCCUCGCCCACGUGACUGCAACCUGCCAGCAGCGCAGGAUCGUUUUUUCGAUAAACCUUGAUAUCUGUUGCCUUGCUCUCAGUUCUGAGGCCCGCUUCGCCCCCUCUGAGUGCCAUUCUUUCCGGUCCCUAUCAUACCUGGGUUCUCACUUUUUUGUAGUCGCAGGUGUUGCACGCCAGCUCUGGUUUGCCCAACGAUGCAAACAACACGAUGC